AAUUCACGGAUACAGAGCAGUCAAGAGUGAAAUGUUGUUUGUCCAAUCACUGGUCCAGUAAAUCGAGUAAAGCAGUAACGUAUCUCUUUGCACAACUGUCGGGCGGGAUUUCCGCAAUUGCUAAUAAUAUGGCGAAGACUUACGAUUACUUGUUUAAACUACUGUUAAUCGGCGAUUCUGGCGUCGGAAAGACGUGUGUGUUGUUCAGGUUUUCAGAAGAUGCCUUUAACUCAACAUUUAUCUCCACAAUAGGUAUUGACUUUAAAAUUAGAACUGUAGAACUAGAUGGUAAGAAGAUCAAGCUACAGAUAUGGGACACAGCUGGCCAGGAGCGGUUUCGAACAAUCACAACGGCAUACUACAGAGGAGCCAUGGGCAUCAUGUUGGUCUAUGACAUCACCAAUGAGAAGUCGUUUGACAACAUCAAAAACUGGAUAAGGAAUAUAGAGGAGCAUGCCUCUGCUGACGUGGAGAAGAUGGUUCUGGGAAACAAGUGUGACGUCAAUGACAAGCGACAGGUGUCCAAAGACAGAGGGGAGCAGUUGUCGUUGGAGUACGGUAUCAAGUUUAUGGAGACCAGUGCAAAGGCCAAUAUCAACGUGGAGAAUGCAUUUAUGACCCUUGCCAGAGACAUCAAGGCGAAAAUGGACAAGAAACUGGAGGGCAACAAUCCUCAGGGCAGCAGUCAUGGUGUGAAGAUCACAGAACAGCCCAAGAAGAGCAGUUUCUUCCGCUGCACCCUCCUGUGAGGACAACGAUCUUACCAUUGUCCACAGCUGGACAGAACUGGACUUGCUCAGAGCUUUCCUCUUUCGCCCUGUUCUCAUUCCUGAUAUCCCAGGCCUCUUUGGGCUUUGUUUUUUUCUGCUUCACCAUGUGCCCCCAGUUUACAAACGGUAGCCUUCAUUGGUCAGGUGUAUCAAUCAGUGUUGUUGGAUGGGCGUUAGAUUGAGAUCUCUAUACCAGGCACUCUUCUGUACCAUCAUGCUCUUAUAUCGUAUCUCGUAAUUACACUUGGGUUUCUGCUCACCCUCUCCUCUCUCUGUUCUCUGCAACGGUUGUCACAGAUACUGUAUGUUGCUCUGUGGUCGUACUGCUGCCAAAGUUGAUACUUAGUGAGGUUUUGUCUCAACAUGGAUUGACCUUAUCCUUAAAAGCAGUGGCUUAAUUCCAUGAUAAGAAUAGUUAACCAUCAUACAUCUUCUGUGAGAUUGUUGACUUCUGCGUCAUCUAGCUACUAUGGAGAUUUAUUCCAAAUGUGUCAUCUAUGCAUCUUGUUUUUCCUUGAUCAAAUUAGUGAUUAUCUGUAUUCUACCUUAAAUCCCCUUUUGCCAUCCAACAAAUAGACCAGAAAGCCACUUAUUUCCUUAAGAUAAUAUAAUACAGUUCUGAAGUGUUAGUCUUAAUGUUAACAGUAAAGACAUACCAUCUUAACGACAUACCUGAACAUUUUCAUCUGUGUUCAGUAUUUACCAUUAUGCAGUUCAGAUUAUUUUUAUGCACAAGGUUUGCAAACUGUGUGUUAGAACAAUUUUAUGUGCCGGCAACUGCACAUUGAGUUGAACCCUGUUUUACUGUGUACUCUUGCACUUUAGUAGUGAAAUUGGCUGCACAUCUUGCAAUUUGCAAAAGUAUGUCUUAUUCCAGUCCCUUGUAUAGGAAUAUCAGUAUUCAUUAGAACUAUUACAUUCCAGAAUUGUUCCAGAGGCUAGAAGUUAAAAUCAUCUGUUCCACAAUAACAUCAGUCUAGUUAGGAAAUGAAUUGCAAUCUAACAAAUGAAUACGUUUACCAUAUUUUUAGUUUUGGCAUCCAGAAUGUGUUUAAUCUUAUACCACUCCACCCCCAAAAAUUGUGAGCACCUCAUUGCCCCAAAUAUUCAUGUUAUGUAUGAUGUAGAGACCACUGAAAUAGAGAUAUAGUCCUUACGGUGGUAAUUGCUUGAUGUCAUGUUUUAACUUCUUAAGCACCCUUUUCAAAUUCCAGCCUCUCAGCCUAUUCUGUUUUUUUAACUGGUUGUUUUAAUUGUGAAACUGUAAUACCAUGUAGGUUUGUGUGGCCUUUGACUUUUGUAAGCUGUUUUCACGCUUGUCAGUAUUUGUGACAGAACAUUUUGACUAUUGCGCCAAAGUAGGCUGCCUAUAAGAACUCAAUUGAAUAAUGUCAACCUACUGUAUGGUGAAACAAAUGCCAUGAAUAUUAAUUUCCAGGUUUAUUACCAUGUUCUUUUUUCUGUUGAUUUAUCAAUAUGCUGUGACAUUCCAGAACCAUUCCUGCUGCUUCUUUAGGGAAAAGGCUACAAGGACACUCCUGACCUGCUAACUGAUAUUUAAUUGAAGAAUUGGUUCAAAUUAGGUUAGGCUUAAUCAAAUGUAUUUAUUUAUAAAUCAUUUUUUUACCUAAGCAGAUGUCAAAGUGCUUAAAUAGAAACCCAGCCUAAAACUGCAAACAAUACAGAUGUGGAAGUGUGGUGGCUAUGAAAAACACCCUAGAAAUAUCAGAAAACUAGAGAGGAACCAGGCUCUGUGGGAUGUCCAGUACUCUUCUGGCUGGGCGGAGAUUAUAUGAAUGCAUGGCCGUUAAGGUAAGGGUCUGUUUCAGAUUCUGGUUAGUCAUUUUGAUGGUCACUAGUGUCCUUAUCGCCGCUCCCCUUCUUUAGUCAAGAGCGGUAUCUGUUAGUCCUAAUUUAACGCCAAGGCCCAAAUGUUGGUUUUUGAUGUGCCAGUAUUAAGACCACAAUCUAUUUGAGUGUUUUGAGUUGAAGGUAUUUGCAUUGCGUACUGUAUUUGAAGCAAGACAUCGGCAUACCACUGUAGUGACAUGGCAAUGGACUAAAAUGUUACAAGCAAGAGAACGUGUAGUCAGAGUGGAAAAAAACCAUCCAAGUAUGAAAGUGCCCUUGUAGAAAGCCUGCUCUUGAUUAUGCACUUUUCAAUAAUUCUCCAUUGUCAUGAAAGACCAAAUGAUUUAUGAUGAAUGAGUUGCGAUAUUCUACAGUACAGAUUCUAUCCUCAAGACUUAAUUUAAGUCGCCUUCAGUGUGUCGAUGUUAAAUGGAUGUCUGGAGGAAAGUGACUUCAUAUUGGAUUUAGCAUUUUGUUUUUGUUCUCGUCUAUCCUUCCCUCGGAGCUUGCCCCUGUCCAUCGCAACAGAAGUGGCUUAUUUUCACCUGAUACUUGAUAUAAUGGGCUUUGGAACUAUUCAUCAUGAGACUGUUGGACCUCUUGAGGCUUUUAAUAUUUGACUUGAAGAAGAGCUUCUCUUUGAGAUUAGAAAUGUGCAAAGGAUCAUUCUUGUAUAGCUUUCUGUUCUACUUUUUUUUGUCGUCUUGAACUUGCUUUUCUCAACGCAAAUCUAUAGGGAAUGGAGCACAUGUUAAAUCAUAGCAAAGGAACAACAGUGACUUCCCCAUGAAUUAUCACAAAUGGUUUCUCUAGUUGUGACAAUGAAGUAAAUUGCCAUUGGAAUUGAAUUAUUUUAUAUGUUCUCUCGUGUAAGUGUUUUACACGAGAGGACAUAAAAUAAUUCAAUUCCAAUGGGUGGGGCACAGUCAGUUGUAUCUUUUAGGACCUUUACAAAGGUCUGUCAAAUGUUUCAGAAUACCAGUUAUUAUGAAGGUUUCUUUUCCUUCUGGUGGAACUAUUUGUACAUAUUUCAGUUUAUAAAUUACUUUUCUUUGAACAUAUAAUUAGCAUUCCAUGUUCAAGACUAUUUGGAUUUCAUAGUUGAUUAUGGGUUAAAUGGAGGAGAAAAAUCACAUUUUGAGAACAAUUGUAAAUAAGAAAUACAUUUUACUGUUACCUACUUUCAUAAAUCUUGUUGAAUUGAUCUACAUGUUUGUAGAUGUGUCCUUUUGAUUUAUUAAAAUGAGAUUAUUUUAACUUGC